GCUGCGCGCCAAGAUCCGGGGUCCGGGCCUGAUGGGGGCGUCCGCUUCUUCUGCACCGCGGGCCGGGGCCUGGAGCCGUUCCUGAUGCAGGAGGUGCGCGCGCGGCUGGCGGCCACGCAGGUUGAAUAUAUUUCAGGAAAGGUGUUUUUCACCACCUCUUCUGAUUUGAAUAUGCUAAAGAAAUUAAAAUCUGCAGAAAGAUUAUUUUUGCUGAUUAAAAAGCAGUCUCCAUUUACUGUUUCUUCUGCACGUAAAGGAAAAAUACUUAAUGAAAUACAAAAACUUAUAAAUGAUGAUCCAGGAAGUUGGUUGGAUACCAUUUCAAUUUGGAAAAAUCUUCUUGAACUUGAUACAAAAAAGGAAAAACUUUCUCAAAGGGCUUCUAACCCACUAAAAAGAAAAAUGGGAGAAAAUGAAAUUAUUGCUAAGAAAUUAAAAGUAGAAGAAAUGCAAAAGAUUGAAACAACUCAUAAGGAAUGCCAGCUGGAAAAACAAAUAGAAGAAAAUGCACUCGAGCAAAGAGAUUCUUUCACUGGCCAAGAAACACUUCAAGAAGAAGGAUGUCAGAAUGAUGUAGGGAAAGCAGUUGAUGCUCAUAACCAGGACGACUUGACUUUCCGGGUUUCUUGUCGCUGCAGUGGAACUAUCGGAAAAGCCUUUACUGCACAGGAGAUAGGAAGAGUAAUUGGAAUUGCUCUUAUGAAGCAGUUUGGAUGGAAAACAGAUUUGAGGACUCCAAAUUUAGAGAUCUUUGUACAUCUAAAUGACAUUUACUUUGUGGUGGGGAUUCCUGUGUUCAGAAUCCCCUUAGCCAGCAGAACUUACAUCAAGACUGCUGGACUUCGAUCCACCAUCGCGUGGGCAAUGGCAUCUCUUGCAAAAAUUAAGCCUGGUGCAUUUGUUUUAGAUCCAAUGUGCGGACUUGGAACAAUACUUUUGGAAGCUGCUAAAGAAUGGCCAAGUGCGUACUAUAUGGGUGCUGAUGUCAGCGACUCACAGUUACUUGGCGCAUGUGACAAUCUGAAAGCUGCAGGCCUUAAGGAUAAAAUUGAGUUGCUUAAAGUCUCUGUUAUAGAAUUGCCACUGCCUUCAGACAGUGUCGAUAUUAUUAUUUCUGACAUUCCAUUUGGAAAAAAGUUUAAAUUAGGAAAAGACAUCAAAAGCAUUCUACAGGAAAUGGAAAGAGUGCUGCAUGUUGGUGGAACCAUUGUCUUGUUGCUUAAUGAAGAUCACCACAGGCUCCUUAAAGACUGCAGAGAGGGCAAUAGCCCUCUCAGCUCCAAGGGCAGCCACACCCAUGAACCUGAAAUUAAGAAAUGCUUGAAUCCUGAAGAAAACACUGGCACAUCAGAGAUGGUUCCAUCUUCACAUGAAACCAGUAACAACACAUGCUUAAACAAGAUGUCACCUUUUGGCUCUUUGGUGCCAGUGGAAUACUACAAAGUUAGCUUAGGAAAAACAGAAGCAUUCAUAUGCAAAUAUAAGAAGUCACACAGUUCUGGACUGCUAGGGAGCCAGGUGGAAUCCUGUUUGUCCUGAGAAAUUUUUUUUUUUUUUUUUUUUUUGGCACUGGGAAUUGUACCCAGGAC